AUGGCGGAUUUAAGGUGACGGAGUUUAGUUCAUAACAUUUGUUAUUUUUGAAAGAGGAAAUGCGAAGAUAGUGUCAAAAAUGGAGCCUUAUGGCUUGUAAAGUAAGGCUGAAUGUCGCGUGUUCUUCCAGGGAAAAAAGAUUUCUGGUUAUUGCAUAUGAAGACUGGCUUCUUGAGGACGUCAAGAGAUGCGUAGAAAUUGUCUUUCAGAAACUCUACCCUGAUGAACAGAUUUUAAGGGUCUGUAAGCUACAAAACGAGUAUCACUUUGAUCUGCCUGCACACUAUACUGUUGGAGAUACUCUUACAGACGCUGGCUUGAUUUUUGCCAUUGAACAAGAACAGAAUCCAACAGAGAGGAAUUCAAGUAAUACUUUUUCACAAUCACCUGAAGAAAACCACACCAAGGAAAAAAAACUCAAGAGAAAGAAAAAAUCAAAAAAUCAGAAAAAAGUUGACAAAAGAAAGAGAAUGAGUAAAAAGAUAGCUACAGUGCUGGAAAGAUGGACUGUUUCCAGUGAUGACAAAGUUACAUCCACAACAGAAACAUCAAUGAAUUCAUUGGCUGAAGACUGUAAGCUGAUGCCACAGGUCGUUGAAAAGGUGCCAUGUGAAGACAGCGAGGUGGAUGUUGAGACAAUUGAAGAUGAAGACCUCUAGUUUGUUCACAGUUAAGCAUGCAUCUGACUUCAGAGUUACCAAACACAUCAUCUGUAUGGCAGGGAACAUUAAAGAUCAAAACCUUCUAAUAGUUUAAUUUUGAGAUGUGCAGCCAUUUUCAAAAGUAUCGCGGGAAGGCAUGAGAUCUAGAGCAAGGCAAUUUUUGGCGAAAAUGUAAACAAACAAUUUCUUGGUCUUUCUCAGCUAUGUUAACUGGAACAAUAGAUUUUUCCACACGUAGCCUCACAUUCAAGUACCUGAGAAUAAACGUUAAUAAAUGUAUGAGGUCCAUUACCUGGCUCUCAUGCCUGCACAUGUUACUUUUGACAGUAAUCCUCACAUCUUGGAAUUGGACUUUUCCUCAUAAUAUAAAGAACUGGUUUGUGGAAUACAGCCAUGUUUGAGCAUGUAACAUCAUUGUAAAUACUAUUAUAUAUUGCCUCUAAUAUGAAUAAAAGUUUGCUUUUUGCUGUUGCA